UUUUUAACCGGAACCUCAGACUUCACGUCGCUGUGCAAUUUCUUUUGUCUAUUGACGAAGUUUUCAAAAAAAUUAAUGACAGCUAUGAACGAGUCCUUCCUUUUCCGAGGAACAGUCGCAGUUUGUUUACGUCACAAGAAGGCGCCCUCUUCCGAGCUAGCAUAGCCCUUUUGCCGGGUCCGCUUGAGGUGGCUUGAGAAAUUCUGGUUUCUUCGCUAUGGCGGACAUGGAGGAGCUGUUCGGCAGCGAUGCCGACACCGAGCCGGAGCAAAAAGAUUCAGAUUCUGCGUCUGAAUCAGACUCUGAUCAAGAGAAUGUUGGUUCCAUCAGUAAUAUUUCUGCUAGCGAGAGUGAAAGAGAUGAUGACCGAGAGGCUUUAAAACCCAGUAAUAAAGAAUUGUUUGGUGAUGAUAGCGAAGAUGAUGGGGCCUCUCAUCAUAGUGGCAGUGACAACCGGUCUGAAAGAUCUUACAAUCACUCCGAAGGCUCAGGACAAUCUGAACAUGAGGAUAAUGACCAGUCAGAUAUUGACCAACACAGUGGUUCAGAACCUGCUCAUGAGGAGGAGGGAGAGGAGGAGGAGGAAGAGGAGGAGGAUCACAGAUCAGAUGAAGGCAGCCACCACUCUGAGGCAGAUGGAUCUGAAAAAGCACACUCAGAGGAUGAGAAAUGGGGAAGGGAAGACAAAAGUGAUCAAUCAGAUGAUGAUGAGAAGCUCCAGAACUCUGAUGACGAAGAAAGGCCGCAGCACCUGGAUGAUGAAGAGAAGAACUCGGAUGACGAGGACAGGCCUCAGAUUUCUGAUGACAAAGAGAGGCUGCAAAACUCUGAUGAGGAGAAAAUGCACAACUCGGACGAUGAAGAGAGGCUGCUGGUUUCUGAUGAGGAGAAGCUGCAGAAUUCCGACGAAGAUGAAAGGCCCCAGAAUUCUGAUGAGGAGAAUGCGCAGAACUCGGAUGAUGACUAUGAAAGGCCGCCACACUCCGACGAGGAGAAGACACAGAACUCUGACGAUGAGAGACCCCUGCAUUCUGACGACGAAGAGCGCAGGCUCUCGGAGGAUGAAGAAGAGCAUGAGCGUAAAUCUGAAUCUGCAAGAGGCAGUGACAGCGAUGAUGAAGUUCCACACAUGAAGCGUAAGAAGCAAAUUGCAUCAGAUUCUGAAAUGGAUAGUGAUGCAGAAGGAGAAAAAGGUAAUAAGGAUGCGAUGGAUCUAUUUGGAGGAGCAGAUGACAUAUCUUCAGGGAGUGAUGGGGAAGACAAGCCCCCAACUCCAGGGCAGCCUAUUGAUGAGAAUGGGUUGAAUGAGGAUCAACAGGAGGAAGAACCUAUUCCAGAAACACGGAUAGAAGUAGAAAUUCCUAAAGUAAACACAGACUUAGGAAAUGACUUGUAUUUUGUGAAGCUUCCCAACUUCCUCAGUGUGGAACCCAGGCCUUUUGAUCCGCAGUAUUAUGAGGAUGAAUUUGAAGAUGAGGAGAUGCUUGAUGAAGAAGGUAGAACAAGGUUAAAACUGAAGGUGGAGAACACAAUACGUUGGCGAACUCGCCGAGAUGACGAAGGAAAUGAGGUUCGCGAAAGCAACGCUCGGAUAGUCAAGUGGUCUGACGGGAGCAUGUCGCUGCAUUUGGGGAAUGAAGUGUUCGACGUCUAUAAAGCACCAUUACAAGGGGAUCACAAUCAUCUCUUCAUCAGACAAGGAACAGGUCUUCAGGGGCAGGCUGUGUUCAAAACAAAACUAACCUUCAGGCCCCACUCAACAGACAGCGCCACACACAGGAAGAUGACUCUCUCGCUUGCAGACAGAUGUUCAAAGACACAAAAAAUCCGUAUAUUGCCAAUGGCUGGCCGUGAUCCAGAGUCCCAACGCACAGAAAUGAUUAAGAAAGAGGAAGAAAGGUUGCGAGCUUCCAUUCGCAGAGAGUCCCAGCAGAGGCGAAUGCGUGAGAAGCAGCACCAGCGGGGGCUAAGUGCCAGCUACUUAGAGCCUGAUCGCUACGAUGAGGAGGAUGAAGGGGAAGAGGCCAUCAGCCUGGCUGCAAUUAAGAACAGAUAUAAAGGCGGGAUAAGAGAGGAGCGUGCUAGGAUUUAUUCUUCCGAUAGCGAUGAGGGCUCAGAUGAAGACAAAGCACAGAGAUUACUGAAGGCGAAGAAACUCAACAGUGAUGAGGAGGGUGAGCCAUCCGGUAAAAGAAAAGGAGAAGAUGACGAGAAGGCAACCAAGAAGCAUAAGAAGUAUGUGAUCAGCGAUGAGGAAAACGAGGAUGAGGAUGCAUAACACAAGUCUGAAUGUUAGAUACAUGUGUAUAUAUAAUGACUGUGCUGUUCUGUUACAGCCAAGAUGUAAGUAAACCCAGUGAGGAUUUGUUUUUUUAAAAAAAAAAAAACGAAAGAAACUUGCAUUAAGAACCGGAAUCUUAAAAGGGAAUAAAGCUUUUUGUUGGACCUUU